AUGGUGUCUAGGGCCACCCACGUUGCAUCGCUUACCCAUUUCUCAAUUAUUUGUCUCCAAUGCAUGACACUCCGCUACAGAGAACACACGUGGUCAACAGGAAACGCGAUACUCUAUCAUGAGGUAAAAUGUUUUUCUUUCUUUCUUUCUUUCUUUCUUUCUUUCUUUCUUUCUUUCUUUCUUUCUCGGUCUGUCUCUCUUUCUUGUUCUUUCGCUUUUUCUCUCUCCCUUUCUCACUUUUUCAUAUUUCUUUUUUCAUUUUCCUUUCUUUUUUCUACUCACCUUUCUUUCUUUUUCUUUCUUUUUUCUCCCCUUCUUUCUUUCUUUCUUUCUUUUCUUCUUUCUUUCUUUCUCAUCCCUUCUUUCUCGUUCUUUCUUUUUUUCUCUCCCUUUCUCACUUUUCUUUUUCUUCACUUUGUUUAUUUCUUUCUUUUAGACGUUUCUUUCUUUCAUUCUUUCUUUCUUUUUUUUCUUUCUUUCACCAUCUUUUUCUUGCUUUCUUUCCUUUUAUCUCUUCUCUGUCUCAGUCUUAUUCAUUUCCUUCUUUUUAUUUCACUUUUUGUUCUAUGUGAUUCAGCACUUUGUUUAUUCUUUAUUUUAGACGUUAUCUUCUUUCAUUCUUUCUUGCUUUUUUUAUUCCACCAUAUUUUUCUUCUAUCGAGACAAUUCUCUGUAUAA